AUGGAGCGGGCGGCGGCGGCCGGGGCGGCCCUGGAGGGCGGCGGCGGCGUGAGCCGGCGGGCCGUGCGGGCGGCGGGGUCGCGGCAGGCCAGCACGGAGGCGCUGGACAGCCCUACUGGAUCACAUGUUGAAUGGUGUAAACAGCUGAUAGCUGCAACCAUAUCUAGUCAGAUUUCAGGGUCUGUCCCAUCAGAAGGAGUGUCCAGAGACUAUAGGGUAUACAGGAGGCCUGAUAUACGGGAGAGUCAGGAUGGACACAAUGGCUAUCAUUCUGAAGCAGAAGCUGAUCAGGCACUGCGGGAUGGAAACAAACUAGCACAAAUGGAAGAGGCUCCACUUUUUCCUGGAGAGUCGAUCAAAGUUAUUGCUAAAGAUGUUAUGUAUAUCUGUCCAUUUAUGGGAGCAGUCAGUGGCACGCUGACAGUGACGGACUUCAGAAUGUAUAUCAAAAGUGUUGAAAGGGAUCCACCUUUUGUUGUUGAUGUACCCCUUGGAGUAAUAAAUAGAGUUGAAAAAAUUGGAGUACAGAGCCACGGGGACAACUCAUGUGGCAUAGAAAUAGUUUGCAAGGAUAUGAGAAACUUGCGGCUUGCCUAUAGACAGGAAGAACAGAAUAGAUUGGAGAUUUUUGAAAACCUUGUAACACGUGCAUUUCCUGUUUCUAAUGGGCUGCCACUUUUUGCAUUCAACUAUAAAGAGAAAUUUGCUGUUAAUGGCUGGAAAGUGUAUGAUCCAAUGGCAGAAUAUAAGAGGCAGGGCUUGCCCAAUGAGAGUUGGAAAAUAUCCAAAAUUAACAGCACCUACGAGCUUUGUGAUACAUAUCCUGCUAUUCUUGUUGUGCCAACCAGUGUAAAGGAUGAUGACCUCUCAAAAGUGGCAGCAUUUAGAGCAAAAGGAAGAGUUCCAGUAUUAUCCUGGAUUCAUCCUGAGAGCCAAGCAACAAUAACACGAUGUAGUCAACCAUUGGUAGGCCCAAAUGAUAAGCAUUGUAAAGAAGAUGAAAAAUAUUUGCAGACAAUAAUGGAUGCCAAUGCUCAAUCACAUAAACUUAUCAUCUUUGAUGCCAGACAGAAUAGUGUUGCAGAUACAAAUAAGGCAAAAGGUGGAGGAUAUGAAAGUGAAAGUGCCUACCCAAAUGCAGAGCUGGUUUUUCUGGAAAUACAUAAUAUACAUGUAAUGAGAGAAUCGCUGCGUAAACUUAAAGAAAUAGUUUAUCCUACUAUUGAUGAGGCUCGAUGGUUAUCGAAUGUGGACUCCACGCAUUGGUUGGAAUAUAUAAGAAUGCUUCUUGCUGGAGCAGUAAGAAUUGCUGAUAAAAUCGAAUCUGGUAAAACAUCUGUGGUGGUACAUUGCAGUGAUGGUUGGGAUCGAACUGCCCAGCUCACUGCUCUAGCUAUGCUUAUGCUGGACAGCUAUUAUAGAACUAUCAAAGGAUUCGAAAUUCUUGUAGAGAAAGAAUGGAUAAGUUUUGGACACCGAUUUGCAAUGCGAGUAGGACAUGGAGAUGAUGACCAUGCUGAUGCAGAUAGAUCUCCCAUUUUCCUUCAAUUCAUUGACUGCGUUUGGCAAAUGACAAAGCAGUUUCCUGCAGCCUUUGAAUUCAAUGAAUUAUUUUUGAUCACCAUUCUGGAUCACCUUUAUAGUUGUCUCUUUGGGACUUUCUUAUGCAACUGUGAAAAAGAAAGAGUGAAAGAGGAGGUAAGCACAAAGACUGUAUCGCUGUGGUCCUACAUUAACAGUCAAUUAGAUGAAUUUACAAAUCCUUUCUACGUAAACUAUGAAAACCACGUCCUGUAUCCUGUAGCCAGUCUGAACCAUUUGGAACUAUGGGUGAAUUACUAUGUCAGGUGGAACCCAAGAAUGCGACCUCAGGUUCCAGUCCAUCAAAAUCUCAAAGAACUACUUGCCAUCCGGACUGAACUUCAGAAGAAGGUGGAAGAUUUGCAGCGGGAAGCUGCUACUCGAUCUAUUUCCUCCUCCUCUGAUAGAGGUUCUUCUCCUUCCCAUUCAGCCACGCCAGUGCACACCUCUGUGUGAUGUAUAACAAAAGCUAUGUAAAACAAUUUAUGUCAGGUAAUACAGAGAGGAGAGUGGAAUUUUUCCCAUCCCACAGUAACUGUGACUUACAGUUUCUAUGAUCUACAUGCCUUACUGUGUUUGGUAUUAUCACGAUGAGGCCAAAAAGAGCUUCAGUAGAUGUGAUGUGUUUUCUUGUUGGCAGUUCCCACGUGUGUUUUGACUAGCUAAAUCACCAAUUGUGAAAUAACUUUGUUUUGAGCAACUAACAAUUUAACCAUCCUAAAAAGGGACCCAUCUGUCAGACAGAAAAAUUCCUCUCGUGCUAUGUGGGGUACCAUGCCUGGUUGGGAGACUUGGAUGGAAUGCCAUGUGGUGCUUACACUUAAGCAGAACACUGAACAUUCUGAAUGGGAGCUCUUUAUUUCACUCAGUACCCUUCUUUCUGUUUGUUUUUGACUAGCACAAUUUUUUUGUUAGGUAAUUGAUGCACUUGGAAAUUGAAUUUAAAUUAAAUGUUUUCCAGUGAAGUCAGUGUUACAUUUUAACUAAAUAUGCCAUUAAAGUGGAUGAAGUUAAACUGGAUUUGUCAACUAUACCACACUGACUUGUAUGAUGUAAUAUAUUUGGUAAAGCAUGAAUUCUAGGUUUUUUUUUUUUAAUGCCUUUUGUACAAGUUUAAAUAAAGUCUUUUGACUACUUAGCUUAUUGUUCAGUUUCAGCCUCCUGAGUAAGGGGUAAACUUAAUCCUGUCAAGGUCCUGUACAAAGUAAAGCUUGAUUUUCUAGCAAAUGGUAAUAUUUUGGGUUGGAGUGACACCCAGCUGUGUAAAUUGUAUAGUCUGUAUAGCUCCACAUUUUGCUAAGCAUGUUUUGUUUUAAAGUGUACACAUAAAAUGCAAUGCUGUGUCCAUUUAUGUACAUGUCUGUGAUGUUAAACAUACACAUACUUCCAUGUUUUUAAGCUGUAAGUUCAGAAAAUGGAUCCUGCCUAUCCAGAUUCUUUUGAAGACCUUAACUUGUAAUGACUUUGAGGAAGUUUUUAAAUAUGAUCUUAAUUGGUUUUCUUGAAAUAAAGCCUGGUGGCUUUUUGUUUUGUAAAUUGCUGCCAGCAGUUUUCUAUAAAGUGAAUAACUUAAUCUGUAUUUUCAUAUAAAAUACACAUCCUCUACUUUCUUUCAACUCUCUGAAAUAUAUUAUCAGAGAGAUUCGAUUACUGUUCUGCGUAACAUCCAGCCUUUUAAAAACAUUAUUCAGUUGCUGCCUUGGAAGGCUUGCAAGUGGUACAUGCUUAAAAUUUCCCUUUGUGUUUUUUUUUCUUCUAUGUUUCUUGAGAAUCUAGUUCUUUUGCUUAGGCAAUUUAAAUACUGAGCUCUGCUUUUUGAGUUGCUCUUGUAUUGCUUCAAGUUCUGCUGGCAGGAAUUAAGUCCCAUUCUUAAGAAUUCAGUUGGUUCCGUAUGCUGAUGUGGCUCUUACUGUCUGCAAGCAGUCAUUUAUUACUGCCCAUUUGUUCUUAAUAUGAGAUAGAGCCAUGUGCUUUCCUGAUUUUCUGCAGUCGUAUAACUUGUAUAUAGUUAAUGAGUAAGGUGAGCUGCUGAGCGCUUUUACAGCUGUCAAGUGGAAAGGCAGAAGUGCUAUAUCCAGUCUUACAAGUUUACCGUGCAGUGCAUAGUAUUUCAAUAUGUCUUUUUUUAUUAUAGUUAAAUAAUUGAAUUUUAUAAUAGAUACUCACCUGCAAGAAUAAAGCUGAUGAUGGUGCAAUUUUCAUCAACCUAAAGCUUUUAAUAAAUAGAUGAAAGAUAUUUUCUGUUUUAAGGAAGGAAAAAAAAAUUAAAAGAUUCUGUUAAACAGUAUGCCAGCAGUGAAUUUUACAUGGCCAAACUAUGUUGAGCUAGUGUUGAAUGAAACUCUUCUACACUUCAUAUUUCCUUGACGUUUUAACUGUAUAUUGAAGUAAAGCACGUUAUCUCUAAA